UAACCUUACUUUUGACAACUUCCUUGUUUACCUUUGUGCGCUCUGUGAAAAUUCCUCAUUUUCAUCAAUAAAUAACUAAUUUCCACGAGAAAAUUAAGUGAAAAUGGCAAACCUGAAACCUCUGCAGUGUUUGAAUCUCGACAAGAAUCAACAGAGGAACUUUAUAAAAUAUUUUCAUUCAUUGGGCGAGAAACCCAAAACAACCGUGAGAAUCUUUGAUCGCAAUGAUUUCUACUCCGUGCACGCUGAAGAUGCCGAAUUGGCGGCACGAAUGGUGUUCAAAUCAACGGCAGGGAUGAAGAUUAUGUCUGUUCCUGGGGAUGAUGGUGACAUUGAACUUCCCUACACGGUUCUCAGUAAGAAUAAUUUUGAGAAUUUCGUCAGGGAAUUGCUGCUCAUCAAGAAUUAUCGUGUUGAAGUUUACGUGAAUAAGGGUGGUUCCAAGAAUGACUGGAAAGUUGAUUUGAAAGGAUCUCCGGGGAAUGUAAUUCAAUUUGAGGACAUCCUUUUUGGGAAUAAUGAGCAAAUAAAUAGCUCAGCCAUCAUGGCGUUGCAGUUGAAGAGGGAAAAUCAGCAGAAUACAGUUGGAUUGAGUAGCAUUGAAACGACUGAUCGGACAUUUUCUCUCAUUGAGAUUGUUGAUGAUGAUUUCUUCACUGAAUUGGAGGCAAUUGUGGUUCUCUUGGGGCCCAAAGAGUGCCUCCUUCCGGCCAAGGAGGGUGAAUAUGAGAAGAUUAAUGCUCUAAUGGAGAGGAAUGGUGUCCUCGUGACGGUGCGCAAAAGGCAGGAGUUUGCAACGAAUGCGAGUGAUUUUGAGGCAGAUCUCAGUCGAUUGUUGUUCUUUGAGAAAGGACAGCAGGAGAAUCUCAGCACUGUGGUGGGUUCGUGUAAGAACUUAGCCCUUCAGACACUCUACGUGGCCAUAAAGUAUUUGGAUUUGCUGGGGGAUUCCUCAAACUUUGGGCAUUUCCAGCUGAAAGUUAUGAAUCUCAAGAGAUUCGUACAUUUGGAUGCAGCUGCUGUGUCUGCUCUGAAUAUCCUCCCAAAGCCUGGAACUGCUCCCACUUCCCUGGCGUACAGAUGCCAGAGUAUCCUCGGUGUACUUGAUUAUUGUCGUACAGCUCAGGGGAGGAGGUUGCUCGUACAGUGGCUGAAGCAACCACUAAAGGACAUUGAAGCCAUCAAGGAUCGUCAUGAUAUUGUGGAAUGCCUCGUGGAAUCGAUCAAUACACGAAAAGAAAUCCACGAUGAUUACCUAAAGAGGAUUCCGGACAUUAUGAUGCUGACAAAGAAGCUAAUGCGAAGGAAUGCUUCACUUCAGGAUGUCUACAAACUCUACAGGGUGGUUGUGAGAAUCCCUAAUUUGCUGGGGCUUCUUGCAGAGAUGGACAACAGCACUGUUGACAAUGUCCUGGCGAAACCAAUAAAGGAUACAUUUGGGGAUUUAUUUAAAUUUAAAGAAAUGGUGGAAAAAAUCCUCGAUCUCGAGGGUAUUGACAAGGGGGAAUUCUUCAUAAAGUCUUCCUUUGAUGAGGAAUUGCAAACGAUGAAGGAGAAAAUGGAUGAAAUUGAGGAGAAAUUCCGCAAAGAACUUCGAAAAGCUGCAAAUGAUCUCAAUCUCGACGAGGGAUCAGCUAUAAAAUUGGACGUAGUGUCUCACAUCGGGUACCACCUGCGUGUCUCCCUCAAGGAGGAUUCUCUGCUGCGGAAGAAUCCCAAAUAUCGCACAAUUGACGCAAUAAAAGGUGGGGUACGCUUCACAACGGAUAAACUAACAGAUCUCAAUGCUGAAUUCACGGAAAUUCGGGAGAAUUACGAAGAGCAGCAAAAAUCAAUCGUUGAUGAAGUUGUGCGUGUUGUUCUUGGCUACUUGCCACCACUUACAACCCUCAGUCAUCUCAUUGCACAGCUGGAUUGCUUUGUGAGCUUCGCUGUAGCUGCCACGGCCUCCCCGAUUCCCUAUGUCAGGCCUAGGAUGCGUUCUGCUGAUACACGCAUCAUCAAUCUCAAGCAAGUUCGUCAUCCCUGCCUUGAGAUGCAGCAAGAUGUGAACUUUAUUGCCAAUGACAUUAAUUUCCGGAAGGAUGAAACCCAAAUGUACAUCAUUACAGGACCCAAUAUGGGUGGGAAGAGUACUUUUAUUCGUUCAGUGGGGUCUGCUGUACUCCUGGCGCAUGUGGGAUCCUUUGUUCCAUGCGAUGAAGCGGAGAUUUCCAUCACAGACUCCAUUCUGGGGCGCAUUGGGGCUAGUGAUUGUAUUAUGAAGGGAUUGAGUACCUUCAUGAUUGAGAUGAUAGAGACAGCGGGAAUUAUCCGAACAGCCACGGAGAAUUCUUUGGUGAUUAUCGAUGAGCUGGGCAGAGGAACAUCCACCUACGAUGGAUGCGGGAUUGCGUGGUCAAUUGCAGAGUACCUAGCUAAGGAGACAAAAUGCUUCACUCUUUUUGCCACACAUUUCCACGAGAUUACAGAGCUCGCUCAGACGGUGCCAACGGUGAAGAAUUCCCAUCUUUCAGCCAUGGUGGAGGAUUCAAACUUCAUUUUGCUGUAUCAAGUGAAACCCGGACCGAUGGAUAAUAGUUUUGGUAUUCAAGUAGCCAAACUUGCGGACUUCCCUCCGGAUGUUAUUCGUCUAGCACAGAAAUGCUACGAUGAGAUUGAAGAUCAUUUCUCCGAGCUGAAAACCAACACUGAUCCCGAAGCUGUAAGUCUCUUUGCAAGUUCAAUUGAAAAGCUCUCAAAUGUCGGGAGUGAGGAUGUUGAGAAGGUUAUUCAGGAGAUCAGGGAGAGUGUUAAAAAAUCCAAUAAUUCAUAUUUUAAAUCCAUCUGUCCGGAAGUUUUUGAAUAGAGGAGAGAUUUAACAUUCCGUUGGAUGAGCUUUUGAGAUUCAAAAGUCGUCCAAUCUUCGUGUAUUGAUAAGAACUUGACAAAAGUAUCAGAGAUUCUCAAACUCUUUGUUGUUUGUUUACAUUUGUGCGUGAUUUUUAAGGAAUUCUUUAGAUUUAGAGUUAAGGUUUUAAUGCUUAAAAGAGGAUGGACGAUGUGAAAGAAUGUUGUGGCUCAGGAUGCAACAAUUGUGUCCUUGAUAGGAAGUUUACAAAGCCUUUCGUGAGUUCUGCGGAUAAUUUUAAGAAUAUUUUCAAUGGGAAUUAUGAGAAAUUCUCAGUAGAAUCUAUUGAACGUGUAGCAACAGGUGUCUAUUGCAUUUGUUUCGUGUACAAAGGAGGGCAAGAAGGAGAAGAAUCUCCCUGGAAAUUAGUCCUGAACAUCCCUCCAGGAUGGUAUCUUCAGCUACGAUGCAAUGCCAAUUUUAUUGAGAGACAAACAAAUUCAGCAUUCAGGGACUUUUCUUCCUACGACGAUCCAAAGGAUUUCAUAGCCCAGCUAGAGAGUCAAGAGAGAAAUGACAAGGAUACGUCCAAGGAUCUAAUAAGUCGUCCCUAUACCCCAAUUAAGCUCAAUGAGAAAAAUCUUUCAUUCAAUAUUCUCUUCAAAUUGGAGAAAUUCGGCAAAAUGUCGCAAAUUGUGACAAAAUUUAAUCCCGGGGAUGUUGUAGAAUUUAAAGGACCUUACGGGGAAUUAGUUUACACCCCAAAUACAUUCAGGCACAUUUACCUAUUUAGCCAUGGCGUAGCAAUUGCCCCGCUUUUCAGCUUUGCAUCGUCAGUGGUGAGGGAUGAAAGCGAUGAAACCUUCCUACACAUUGUUGCAUGCUACCGAAAUAUCAAUGAAAUCCUCCUUAGGGAUGAAAUGAAGGACUUGCAGCAAUUUUGGAAUUGCAAUGCGUCAAUAUUCUUGGCACAUGAAACAACCAACAUUGCGGAUCACGUUAAAAUCGGCGAAAGCAUAGUGAAAGGAAAACUCGGUGUGAAAGACAUUGAGGAGAUUGUUAAGUUUAAGGAUAAAACAUCAUAUUUUCUCAUAUGCGGUACAGAAAAAUUCUCAGGACUAAUUUGCAGUUGUUUAAGGAAUUUAGCCAUAGACAAUGACCGUAUUUUUGUAUUCAAAUAAAUUUUUCUUCUUAAAA